AUGGCCGAGUCCAACACUGUGACUGCCCCCAAACCCUCUGAACUCACAAACUGGUGUGUGGACUCAGGAGCAACUCAUCAUAUGACCUUCAAUCCCUCUGCACUCUCAUAUGCCCAACCCUAUAAAGGUAACGACUCCAUUGUUGUUGGUAAUGGAUCUCAACUCUCUAUCACUCAUAUUGGCCAUACACAAUUGGAUACAUCAAUUGGCUCUUUGAAUCUUCAUGAAGUAUUAUGUGUACCUGCCAUACGUAAGAAUUUGUUAUCUAUACGACGGUUUUCUAAAGAUAAUCAUUGUUAUUUUGAGAUGAAUGCUAAUGGAUUUCGUGUCAAGGACAACAAGACAGGGAAGCUUUUACUUACUGGCAGUAGCUCAGGCGGUUUGUAUCACAUCCAUACAGAACCUGAACUUUCUGAAAAGCUUGGUUUCUGUGGUGAGAAGACAACUCAAGAAGUUUGGCAUGCUCGCCUUGGACACCCUUCACAGGCUGUUUUUCGUGUUUUGCUCAAUAAACACAAACUUCCUCUUCACGGUAGCUUUGAUUCUCAUAAAGCUUGUCAUAUUUGUCCAUUGGGCAAAUCUUUUAAGUUACCAUUUUCUUCUCGCCACUCACAUGCUCAACAGCCACUUGAUUUAUUGCAUCUUGAUUUAUGGGGACCAGCCCCUGUCUCCUCUAAUUUUGGAUAUCGUUAUUAUUUGUCCAUUGUAGACGAUUGCACUCGUUUUGUUUGGUUUUAUCCCUUGACCAAGAAAUCUGAUGUGCUUGGAAAUUUUGUUAUAUUCAAGAGAAUGGUAGAAAAACGGCUCAAUCGUACCAUUAAAAUGUUACAAAUCGAUGGUGGUGGAGAAUUCACAAGCCGGAUGUUCCUCAAUUUCCUCCGUGAACUUGGUAUUAGUCAUCAAAUCUCAUGUCCAUACACACCGCAGCAAAAUGGCGUUGUUGAACGCAAGCAUCGACACAUAGUGGAAAUGGGAAUUUGUUUAUUAUCACAAUCACACUUGCCUCACAGUUUCUGGCUAGAGGAUUUUUCCACUGCUGUAUUUCUUAUUAACAGGUUGCCAUCGCUUCACCUUGGAGCUCUCUCUCCUUAUGAGAACCUGUUCCAACGCCCUCCAGAUUAUACAUUCCUCAAGACGUUUGGGUGCACAUGUUUCCCCCCUUCUGGUGCCUUAUAA